AUUGUUUUAGCAUAAGCAACAAGCAAAAUCAAAUCAUUCAAAAUGAUGCUUAAAAUUGUCAUCGUUUCCUGCUGCAUUGCACUUGCACUUUGUCAACCUGUUGGAAAGUGUCCCAGGGUAGAUGGUAGAUAUCCAGUGUACCUUUCAGAUUCAAGAUCCUGCACAAAAUUCUAUGAAUGUUCUAACGGUAGACCAUAUCAACUGAAAUGUGCAUAUGGAACAUAUUUCGACAGUCAUAGCAGAAUAUGUAAACAUAAACAAGACGUCACUUGUGGCAGUAGAAGAAGAGAUUAGGGCGCAAUUUGAAAAAAAAUUCUUUAAUUUUCAUAAUAGCUGUAAUAAUACAAAAUUGUUUUAAUUAUACACAAGGUUAGCUGUAUACCAUAAAUCAUAAAAGUUUAAUUUAAAAAUCCUUUAACAAAGGUGUAUAAAUAAAACGCUUUGUUGUGAUGUAGCCCGAAAGAGUUUAUUCAUUAUAUACUUUUUAUAAAGGAUUCUUAAAUAAAACUUUUGUUUCAGCAAUGUUAAAAAUUAAAACCUAAAUGAAAAAUACUAUCAAUCUACAAUCUUUUAUUUAGAAUAGAGAGCAAGGUCGUAAAUAA